UUUACAUUUACCUUUAAAAACUACAAAAUUAGCGAAAUCUCUAAGGAAACGCCAAUAACACAAAAGAUAAAUAGAAAAAACUACAAGUUAACUGCUUUAUCUACAGGCGUAUACGAGUACAAGUAGAAAAUAUGGCUUUACCACGAGCACAACCAGCAGAAGUAUUACGAGCUUGGCAAAAAGAUGACUUUUACGAGAAACAACUCGCCGGAUCAUUGGGACGAAUAAUGCCGUCUCAGCAUGCACCAAGAGCUAUUCCAAUUGCCUCGCUUCUUUACAAAUCGUGUACAACACUCAAAGAUCUCCAAACACUAGGCGAGGAGUACUCAGGAAUAGUUCAAGUUGACGAAACCUAUCACAAACUACCUACGUUCAGCAAUCGUUUGCUUAGCAUCCUAUUAUCAGCAUUUGGUGAAAAUUUAACUCGAAGAUUAAUACGUCAUAUUGAAAAGAACAUAGAGGCGAACGCGUCUUUAAGGCCUGGUAUACAAAACGGUAUUAUAAUAGUUAUCAAAACAUUAGGUGAGAUAAUUCCUCAAAUAGAAAGUGUUCAUCGAGCCUUAUCUUAUAUAAACGGGGGUCCUUUACAGAUAGGAAAAUCAGUAACUGGUAUAGAUUAUGUACAUGUAAGGCCUGCAGCUGCAGCAUAUUAUGCUCACUUAAGAUUACUAGGUUUAGUAACAUUAUUGCAUGCUUUUAUUUCAAGUGGGAAAUGUAUGUAUGAUGCUAAAAAGAAUAUGGAGCAGUUAUCUAGCUUUACUGAGGUAGAUAGUAACAAGACAUGUGCAGCGUGUCUAGAAGAGAUACUACAGCCAUGUGUGUUGCACUGUGGUCAUUUAUUCUGUAUGCAGUGUUGUUACGGACCUUUAGAAAGUUGUCCAUUGUGCCGCACACCUUUUACAAAGAAUACUGUGGUACCAUUAAUGAAUUAUUACCCUGGAGAACUAUAAAAUAAACAAAAAUCAAAGAUACUGUGUGUUAUGAAAGACAACUUGUAUAGUUUUGCGUGGGAUAUAUUUAAUGUUAAUGUAAAUUUAUUUAAAAUGUUUCUAUUUCCUAUUUUUAAAGAAUUCUGAAGAUGUUUAAACAUUUUUAUACAUAUUGGUGGCUCAAAUAAAGUUUGCUGUGUAGAACACAAUUUUAGAUGUAGCAAGAAACAAGAGGUCACUCCUCAGGUCAUGAGUGGUUGCCAAAAAAACAGCUCUAGUAGGGGUUCUGUGUAGCCUAAGGUUUCUUUAACUUCUUGACAAACUCUUAUUUUGCAUGAAAGAAAUUAUAAACAAAGUACUUUCUUACCUUUAUCUUCUUCCAUGGUAACAAUUAGAUAUUUCCAUUUAUUUUUAUGUUAAAAAAAAAUUUAAAAAAAACAUCGACGAAUUGAGUACCUCCUUCUU